AUGGAUCUCGUCUGCGCCUUCAUUGGCCCUCUUUUCGCUCCCGGCGCCCGUCGUCUAAAUCUCGAGGAGAUCGCCGCCGAGUCGUCGUCUGGUAUCGAUCUGCGCUGGAAGCACGUGCGGUCCUCGCACCGCAAGGCCCCCAAGAGCGACAACGUCUACCUCAAGCUCUUGGUGAAGCUGUACCGCUUCCUGGCCCGCCGUACUGAGGCUCCCUUCAACAAGGUGGUCCUGCGCCGCCUGUUCAUGAGCCGCAUCAACCGCCCGCCCGUCUCGCUGUCGCGCAUUGCCCGCAACCUCAAGAACGGCAACGAGAAGAAGACGGUCGUCGUCGUUGCCACCGUCACCGACGACAACCGCCUCCUGCAGGUCCCUAAGAUGGAGGUCGCCGCCCUGCGCUUCACCGCUAAGGCCCGCGCCCGCAUCGAGGCUGCUGGUGGCCGCACCCUUACCCUCGAUCAGCUGGCUCUGGAGAAGCCCACUGGCGCCAACACCCUCCUGCUGCGCGGCCCCAAGAACGCUCGCGAGGCCGUCAAGCACUUUGGCUUCGGUCCCCACAAGCACAAGAAGCCCUAUGUCCGCUCCAAGGGCCGCAAGUUCGAGCGUGCUCGUGGUCGCAGGAGGUCGCGCGGCUUCAAGGUCUAA